AUGAAUAGGGCGUUCAAUAAUCGUAAAUCACUAAAGCAAGAAAAGAUUUUUCUUCAACGUAUGAAAGAAAAUCCUGAUAUGGCUUGGGGACUACCAAAAGAAAAAAAGAAAGAAUAUGAUGCAUUUUGGGUUAAUCUAGUAGCUGAACUCAAUGACAAUGGACCGCCUAUUAAACAUAUGACUGAGUGGAAAAAGACAUGGUCUGAUUGGAGAUCAUAUGUACGUAAAAAACUUGCCCAGAAUGGCACAAAAGCCGUACGCAUGACAGAUGCAGAAAUUCAAGUUGCAAAUAUUUUAAAAUUAAUAAAAACCCCAGAAAUAUCAUCCGAGGGAACUGAGACAUUUUUAUCAAAUAUAUUCCUUGCUGAUGACGAUUCAGAUGACAGUAGAUCGUCCGAUAGCAAUAAGUGUUCUUCGUCGAAACGUAAAUGUGAAGCGACAUCAUCACGGGAAGAUCAGAAUGAUUCGUUAUUAAAUGACACGAAACGUAAGCGUGAAGCAACACCAUCACAAGAAGAACAACAGAAUGAUACGUUAUUAAGUGAAACGAAACGUGACACAACAUCACUGGAAAAUGAUAAUGACACCUUACUGAGUGAUACUUCAAUACAGGAAGACCUAAGAGGAUUUCCAUUGCCCGAGACAACAUUUCCAAGAUUUUAUCGUGCUACUUCGGACAGUACGUCAAAGUUGGAGAACCGUGUCGCUCGUUGUUUUAAACGCAUUUAUAAUACCUUGGAAGACAUUUAUAAAAUUCAAAAGGAAACAAAUAAAGAAAAUGAACGCCAUCACAGGGUAAUGGAAGAGUUAUUGCGUGAAAAGAAUAUGAUUAAAAUGAGAUCGUUGGAAUUACAAGAAUUGAAAUACAAAUUUGAAUUGGAACAAAAACUAAGUAAUGGAAAUCAUGUGAAUGAUACAACGGAAUAA